AUGGUCCUCGAGAAUGAUCCCCAUUCAUGCCAUUGCUUCCUUACCUUGUGUAUUGCCCGAUUGGGCCAGCGGAGUCAUCUUUUUCCAACAGAAACCUCAAGAGUGGCAGUCGUCCUCGUGAGGCUUACUGGCUCCGCAAGAGAGUGGGGUACUGCUGUGUGGGGAGCUCGCCUGCCCUUUUGUGAGGACUUUGCAGAAUUCUGCGAGAAGCCAUUGGAACUUCCAGAGUCCGCACUACCAACCCCUUCCCGAGUUCCCUCCAAAUAUUCUCGGGCCCAGCACUGGCGAGACCAGAAGCGGAGGGCUAAGGAGAGAGCCAAGUCAGCUGCAGCCCCCCCAUGCCAGCCUCCGGGUCAGCUGCAGCCCCCCCAUGCCGGCCUCCGAGUCAGCUGCAGCCUCCCCCAUGCUGGCGCCAGAGUCAGCUGCAGCCUCCCCCAUGCCGGCACCAGAGUCAGCUGCAACCUUCCCCAUGCCGGCUUCUGCGGCUGCAUCCCUAGGGCCAGGCCAGGCCCUCAGUCAGCGGCUGCUUUCCCCGAGCCGGCCACCGAGUCUGCUGCAGCUUCCCCAGUCCCUGUAGUCAAGUCAGCCACAGCUUCCGAGCCAGCGGCCAUGUCUCCAGGGCCAGGAGGCUCCGAGCCAGCGGCCAUGUCUCCAGGGCCAGGAGGCUCCAAGUCAGCGGCUGCCUUCCCUGAGCCGGUCACCAAGUCUGCUGUAGCACCCCCUGAGUCGGCUUCCGAGCCAGCGGCCAUGUCCCCAGGGCCAGGAGGCCCUCAGUCAGUGGCCGCUUUCCCCGAGCCGACCACAGAGUCUGCUGCAACUUCCCCAGUCCUCGUAACCAUGUCAGCCAGCUUCCCUUGCUCCCAUGUUCGAGUUUACUGCUGCUUUCCCUGCUCCUGAGUCCAAUCCAGCUGCAGCCUCCCCCAAGCCGGCUUCCCUAGCUGCGCUCCCUGGGCCAGGAGGCUCUCAGUUAGUGGCUGCUUUCCCCGAGUCGGCCACAGACUCUGCUGUAGCACCCCCUGAGUCGGCUUCUGCGGCUGCGUCCCUAGGACCAGGAGGCUCCCAGUCAGAGGUCGCUUUCACCGAGCUGGCCCCAGACUCUGCUGCAACAGGCUGGUCCCCUUUCCUGUCCUUCCCAGCCCUGCUCACCCUGUCCCGGUCUUUCCCCCUUUACCUACCAUUUGUCCCCACCCUGGC